UGCGGGCUCUGGCUCUGGUCGCAGCUGGACGUGGGUUGGUGGAGGUGAGGGUCGCUGCCCGGAAAAGCCCUGUGGGAGGCGAUGUUUCCAUAAAUCAAAGGAGGAGGGACAGCAUGAGCAUGUCAGCUGUCAACUGGAAGCCAUUUGUGUAUGGGGGCCUGGCCUCCAUCACGGCCGAGUGCGGUACAUUUCCAAUUGAUUUAACCAAGACACGGCUCCAGAUUCAAGGCCAGACGAAUGAUGCAAAGUUUAAAGAAAUUAGGUAUCGAGGAAUGUUGCACGCAUUAGUGAGGAUAGGCAGAGAAGAAGGGCUGAGAGCCCUGUAUUCGGGGAUUGCUCCUGCCAUGUUACGCCAGGCUUCCUAUGGCACCAUCAAGAUAGGCACGUACCAGAGCUUGAAGCGAUUAUUCGUUGAAUGCCCAGAAGAUGAAACCCUACCGAUGAAUGUCGUGUGUGGAGUUCUGUCUGGAGUCAUAUCCUCAUCCAUUGCUAAUCCAACUGAUGUUCUGAAAAUUCGGAUGCAAGCACAGAGCAACACCAUUCAAGGAGGAAUGAUAGGCAACUUCAUUAACAUUUACCAGCAAGAGGGGACAAGAGGACUGUGGAAGGGUGUAUCCCUUACGGCUCAGAGGGCCGCCAUUGUUGUUGGCGUGGAGCUGCCAGUCUAUGACAUCACCAAGAAGCAUCUGAUUCUCUCGGGCUUGAUGGGAGACACUGUCUGUACCCACUUCCUCUCAAGCUUCACCUGUGGCCUGGCGGGGGCCCUGGCCUCCAACCCUGUUGAUGUUGUGAGAACACGUAUGAUGAAUCAGAGAGUCCUUCGGGAUGGCAGCUGCUCUGGCUACACAGGUACCCUGGAUUGCUUGUUACAGACAUGGAAGAAUGAAGGGUUUUUUGCUCUAUAUAAAGGGUUUUGGCCAAAUUGGUUGAGACUUGGUCCUUGGAAUAUCAUCUUCUUUGUGACAUAUGAGCAGUUGAAGAAAUUGGAUCUGUGACAAGUCAAGGCUGUGUGAGUCACCCCUCUGGAAAUACUAACUUCCGAAGUAGUAAAGCUUCCUGUGUUUCACUCUGCUUCUCACUGCUUGGCUCAUCGCAGACUGUGGGAUGUGAACAACAGACGGAGACUGGGUUAGUUCUGAUUGCUGUGGGUCGGCCUUGGACGUUCUUCAUCAGACAUUUAAUGACAUAAACUAACAUCCAAACACUAGUCCUUACCAUUGAAGUGCCAUUCAACAUCAAAGAUAAUAUAUGAAAUGCAUGUUUCUUGCUAAAGAAAACUUGCAAGAAAACCAGAAACUGUGAAACUGUUUUCUUCAGGGGGGGAGUAGCUCCUGAUGCGUCUCAGCUCACAGCUGGGAAUAUCAGACUGCUCUAAAGAAGCUCAUUGGAACUGUGGAAUGGCACCUCCAAGAGAGUAUUAUUAUUCCUGAACUUCUGGGAGCUUUUGUGUGUUGUCACCUGAAGAAAUUUCAUGUGUGGAGACCUGGACUUUCCAACCCCAGGUAUAAACAGUGUGAGAAAUAGAUUCUCGAAGUAUUGCACUGUUCUAUAACUUCCUAUUUUGGCAGAAUCUUUCACUUAUAAUAAGUGAUUUUAAGCCUUUGAAGACUUGACCUUUGUGAGGGAUUGUUACAACAUAUUAAUAUCUAAAUUCAUGAUGGUGGUGUAUGUUGGCUUUGAAGGUUGCAAGGUCUGUGUUGGUGGAAGGUGUUUUCAGGAAGUUUGUGUUCUGUCUUAGGUAAUGUUAGUAAUUUGUUCUAUGAUUUAGCAAAGUUUAUUAUUUCUCAGUCUGUAAAGUGGGGAUAACAUCUAUUGACGUCAAGGUUCAAAUAUAGAAAAAAUAUUAGCUGCUGCUACUUUCAGGGUAAGUUUAUUUACCUCAUACUUUUUACAGCUCUAAUCCCUCAGUAAACAGUCUGUGUAUGUAGAAGAGGGUCAUUAUCAUGGGCUUCUCGCAUUAAUUAUGAGUGAGCCCUUUGUUAAAGGCCUUGUUAAAGAAACAACACAAAUUAAGGUUCUAAUACAUUUUCCUUAGCAAAAUGUUGCUGGUGGAUUGGAAGAGCUGAUUUUUCCAGAUUUCCCGUUUUUACUUUAAUUUGAGUAAUAUUUAUCGAAAUAUUUCCUGUCUUUGACUUCCAGAUUAGUUUGGAUGGAAAGUACUUGCUUGAAAUUUUAAAAAUGAGUUCUUUAUUGCAUCUGUUUAUCUAGUUUCUGAUAAGAGGUAUAUAUUUUCCUUUUUUGUUUUCUUCUAAAGACAAGCUCAUUCUCCCUCUUCUUUCUCAUCCUUAUCGUAUUCUUUUUCAAAACAAAAGGUGAUCUGAGAGCCCCAGAACUUUACCCUUCUAGAAAGCAGUCCCAGGAAAAAGAAUAUAUUUACUUGGGUCCCUUCAGUUCUGCCCCUUGAGGACAACAUUAAAUACAUACUAACUGGGGCACCAAGGCAGACCACUCCUCCAAUAUAUGUGGGACAAAUUCCCUGAGUUUCCUUCCUCAGUUGAGACAAAAUAGAAGGAAUGCAGGUUUUUCUUGGGGAUCUGGCAGUUUUCCUUCCAGCUAUUUUCACCUUGCUUGCUUUAUUAAUGUUUCCUUUGAAAAAGAUUUUGUGAAGCAAAAUUUUAUUUCCGAAAGUUGGGGCUAAGAUAAAGUCAUUAAAAAGAGAGGAAGAAAGGAGGGGGUGCAGGGAGCGUGGCGUUUAAGCGUUUAUUGCUGAAAGGCUGACAUGAGAGAUCACCUCACCCUGGCCGUCUCCAGGUGGCAGUAGAGGACCCUGGAGCUCAUUCAGGCCUCGCUCCUGGGACUGAAGCAAAACAUUCCGUUAAUGUGAUAGACUUUAUCUAUAGAGAGGCUUUCACUUUUGAGUUUUUUGAGUUUAAAGGAUUGCUUUUUUUGAACCACUUUUUUUUAAAUGUAGAAAACAUUUUUUAGAGUGUGUAUGAUUUUUAAAACAGUAGAAGCAUGUUCAUUUUGAAGACCACAUAAAGAGUGAAUGUCAGACAGUAUUCAUUAUUGUCAAUUUAUUCAAAUUAUGGACAUAUGCAUACCAGGAUGAAAAGAGAUUCAAACCUCACUGUAAAGCUUAAGCACCUUUUAAGAAAAAAAUACAGUAUUUCUUCAGUUUAGAUUUAUUAAGUGCCUUAUAGAACAGGACCUAACUUGCUUUUUUUCUUAACCUGAUUUUUCUGUUUCCUGGAAGAGCCAGUGCAGUUGAAACUUCUAACCAAGAAACAACUUAAGGAAUUGGGAGACUUGGUCCCCUUGUUCUCAGUGGUGUGGCCACAAAGCCCUCCCCCGGCCUUUGGAUAUUGCUUAAAUGUGGCAAAAGGAUUUCUGGUUUUUAUAACCAAGUUGAAGAAGUGUUUUUUUGUUUGUUUGCUUGCUUAUGGGUUUGUGUAAUUAUCAGUUCUAAAUAUCACUGAUUCAUAAUAUAAAAAUGGCUCCUGUUCAUAUUUAUUCAUGUGCGAGAAAUAGUAUACGUUAUAUAAAGAGUAUAAAUUUUUCAUAAGCCUUUAUAUUGCAAGCUCUUUAUUUAAACAUUGUUGGAAUAUGUGGCAUAAACCUUAUUUCAUUUAUUUAAUAAAACGGAGUAAUAUAAUGAUAAAAA